UAAGACAGCUAGGCAGCUCAUAUAAUGAAAAAAUGGCUCAUCAUAGUGACUUCAGGACUGCUUUUGCUUUGACGUGGAAAUGACCGAGGAACGCCUUUGACUAAAAUGACGGCAUGACGCGUUGUUACUUCAUUUAAAACAGCAGAGCUCGAAUAUUGUUGUUUGUGUGGAAGGAACCUGUACGUCAGAUUUAUCAUUGAAAACGUGAUUGUGAUAGGAAUUCAUUAGACAAUGCCUGAAAACAUGUCACCAGUACCCACUGUUCCGCUAGUGAUCAACUGUUUAAUGUCUGUUCUGGGCUGCUUGGCUACACUUAAACUCAUUCCUGCUUUUAAAGAGCAUUUUAUCUCAGCUCGACUUUACGGAAUAGACCUAAACAAAACAACCAAGAAGGAAGUCCCAGAGUCUCAAGGAGUCAUCAGUGGGACGGUUUUCCUCAUCAUCCUCUUCUGCUUCAUCCCAGUGCCUUUCCUCAGCUGCUUUGUUGGAGAUCAGUGCAUGGGCUUUCCUCAUGAUGAGUUUGUGCAGCUGAUCGGCGCACUCCUGGCCAUCUGCUGCAUGAUCUUCUUGGGCUUUGCUGAUGAUGUGCUGAACCUGCGGUGGAGGCACAAGCUCCUUCUUCCCACCAUGGCGUCCCUGCCGCUGCUCAUGGUGUACUUCACCAACUUCGGCAACACUGUCAUCGUGGUGCCUAAGCCCUUCAGAGCUCUGCUUGGGCUCCACUUGGACCUGGGUAUCCUCUACUACGUCUACAUGGGGAUGCUUGCAGUUUUCUGCACAAACGCCAUCAACAUCUUAGCGGGCAUCAAUGGCAUCGAGUCGGGUCAAGCCCUGUUUAUCUCCGGCUCCAUCAUCAUCUUCAAUUUAUUGGAGCUCAGCGGUGAUUACCGUGAUGAUCAUGUUUUCUCCCUCUACUUCAUGAUACCGUUCUUCUUCACUACAUUAGCACUUUUUUACCACAACUGGUAUCCCUCGUCUGUGUUUGUGGGAGACACGUUCUGCUACUUUGCGGGGAUGACCUUCGCUGUCGUGGGCAUCCUGGGUCACUUCAGCAAAACAAUGCUGCUCUUCUUCAUACCUCAAGUGGUGAACUUUGUCUACUCUCUGCCUCAGCUUUUUCACAUCGUCCCCUGUCCGAGGCAUCGGCUCCCCAGACUGAAUGCAGACACAGGCAAACUGGGGAUGAGCUACUCUAAAUUUAAAACAAAAGACCUCUCGACCUUAGGACACCUCAUUCUGAAGGUUUGUGAGCUGCUAAAGCUGCUGGAGGUGCGCCGAGGCCAGGGUGAAGACAAGGAUUAUAUUGAAUGCAACAACAUGACUUUGAUAAACCUGGUUCUGAAAGUACUCGGACCCAUCCACGAGAGAACUCUGACGGCCAUCAUGCUGGCCAUACAGGUGAUGGGGAGCGCAGUGGCUUUUGGGGUCCGUUAUCAUCUCGUGCGUCUGUUUUAUGACGUCUAAGACGGCUUUUCUUAAAGAGGGGAGACAAUGGAUGGAGGAAACGUACUGUUGUGGAGAUGUUUUAAAGGCUUUUUAACAGAUACUAUUAGCUCUCUGUCGUUUCUCUGACUAUCUGCAGCAAAAACUCACUGCUAAGUCAUUUAAGCAUAUAUGUGUGUGUGAGGGUCUGACAUCAGCAGCAGCAAUGGUGUUAAAUUUAAGUGUCCACCUUGAAAGGAUAUUUUUCUGUUUUUCUUUUUAUAUUUUUUGAGGAAAGUAAGGAGGCUUACUAUUUGACGACACAGCCAUUUUUUKGGGGCUGAAUUUCUCGAGUUUGUUACAAUUUGAUAAUAGAUUUAUAAAUAUUCAAGACCGCUUUGCAUCAUAGUGAUGCACUGAAUAAGAUGCUGACUUUUAAAAAAUGGCUUUUGUCAUGCCUGCAUAAAUACCUCUGAACAAAUUCCCAAGGAAUGAUCAUUGUAAAGAAAAACGGUGUCUUAAAUCAAUCUGAGGAUAAAGAAAAAGGUUAUUAGAGCAGAUAACGUGAGCUAAUAAUGUCUAAAUUGUUGUAAAAGUAAAGCUUUAAGACGUUUGAAAGGUGUCUCCACUUCUAAGAAAGGGUUCAGCUGACAUUUAGGAAUGAACUGGCACUAAAACUGAUUUUGUCUUUUUUUUUAAAGAAUGUAAUUAAGAGUGAAACACUGUUUAUGCUUGAAUUUAAGUAUAAAAAAUGUGAAAUAAAACAAAAAAUAAAUAAGGUUUUGCUUUAA